UCAGCUUCAAAUGUCUGGUCCUUUGAAAAGUUCAUACUCUGAUACUCUGCACAAAGUGGAGGGCCUUUAUUCCAAACUGCUGAGUUCAUCAAGAAACCGACAUAAGUACCUAGACUCCUUGCACAGUUUUGUCACAAGAGCUACAAGGGAGCUUAUAUGGCUAAAUGAAAAAAGAGGAGGAGGAAGUAGCUUAUGACUGGAGCGAUAGAAACCAAAAUAUAUCUGGUAAAAAAGACUAUCAUGCUGAUCUGAUGAGAGAACUUGAUCAUAAAGAAGAAGUCAUUAAAUCACUACAGGACACAGCAGAGCAAAUGCUGCUUCAAAAUCAUCCUGCAAGAUCAACUAUUGAGGCCUACAAAGCUGCAAUGCAGACUCAAUGGAACUGGAUUUUACAGCUCUGCAGCUGUGUAGAACAACACAUACGUCAAAACACUGCUUACUUUGAGUAUUUCAACGAUGCCAAAGAAUCCACUAAUUAUCUGAAGAGCUUAAAAGAUGGCAUACUGAGGAAAUACAGCUGUGACAAAUCGACCAGCGUACACAAGCUAGAAGACCUGGUACAAGAAUCUAUGGAAGAAAAAGAACAGCUUUUGCAGUACAAGAGUACCAUUGCCGGCCUUGUGGGGAAAGCAAAGUCAGUAGUGCAGCUGAAACCUCGAAAUCCAGAAAAUCCAUUAAAAUCUUCAAUCCCUAUUAGAUCUAUUUGUGACUAUAGGCAAAUUGAGAUUACUAUUUACAAAGAUGAUGAAUGUGUACUGGGCAGCAAUUCACAUCGGGCAAAGUGGAAAGUGAUCAGUCCAACCGGCAAUGAGGCAAUGGUCCCUUCUGUGUGCUUUACGGUGCCAGCACCAAACAAAGAUGCUGUAGAUGCUGCAAACAGGAUUGAACAAAUGUAUCAGAGUGUCCUAUCCCUGUGGCAUGAAUCUCACGUAAACAUGAAGAGCAUGGUAUCCUGGCAUUACCUGAUGAGUGAAAUUGAGGCUAUCCGGGCCAGCAAGGUUUCUUCAAUCAAAACCUUGCUGCCUGGAGAGCAUCAGCAAGUACAGGGCAAUCUGAAAACCCGUUUUGAAGAAUUUCUGGAAGACAGCCAGGAUUCGAAGAUGUUCUCUGUCUCUGACAUAUCCCAGCUAGAAAGAGAAGUGAAUGUCUGCAAAUUGUACUAUGAGGAGCUGCUGAAAUCUGCAGAAAGAGAGGAGCAAGAAGAAUCUGUUUACAAUCUUUACACUUCUGAGAUUCGAAACUUUCGACUUAGACUGGAGAGCAUUGAGGAGCGUCUCAUUCGACAAAUCAGAACUCCAUUGGACAGGGAUGAUCUUCAUGAAAGUGCACUGAGGAUUUCUGAACAGGAGAAAGUGAAGAAGGAGUUGGAUCAUCUGAGAGUAGAUUUAUCAGCAAUUUCAGAUAAAUGUGAGGAAUUCUUUAGCCAAGCUGCUGCUUCUCCAUCGAUCGAAGCUUUACAAGCAGAACUGAAUGCAGUUAUCCAGUAUAUGAACAUGCUGUUUUCCAUGUCUUCCAUCUACCUAGAAAAGUUAAAGACAAUAAAUCUGGUGCUAAAGAACACACAAGGAGCUGAGACUCUAGUGAAGACAUAUGAGACCAAACUGUGCGAAGAGGAUGUCAUUACAGCUGAUAAAAGUUCAAUUGAUAGACUGAUUGCCACCCUAAAGCAAUGGAGGUCAGAGGUUGAUGAGAAAAGAGAGGUGUUUCACGCAUUAGAAGAUGAACUACAGAAAGCCAAAGCCAUUAGCGAUCAAAUGUUCAAAGUUCACAAAGAACGGGAUCUCGACUUUGACUGGCAUAAAGAAAAGGCAGACCAAAUUGCAGAGAGGUGGCAGAAUGUACAUUCCCAAAUUGAAAACAGGUUGCGAGACUUGGAAGGAAUUAGCAAAUCACUGAAGUACUAUAAAGACUCAUACUUGACUCUUGACUCCUGGAUUAGGCAAAUAGAGGAAGCACAAAGCAAGCUGCAAGGCAGCAUGCCUGACAGCAAGGCACUUUCUAAACAGCUUGACCAGCAGAAGAUGCUGAUUUCAGACAUUGAGAUGAAACAAGGCAAGGUGGAUGAAAGUCAGAAGUAUUCAGAGCAGUAUUCUUUGGCUAUUAAGGAUUAUGAACUACAGCUAAUGACAUAUAGAGCAUUAGUGGAUUCCCAUCAAAAGUCUCCAAUGAAGCGCAGAAGAUUUCAGAGCUCUUCGGAUAUUGUUGUACAGGAGUACAUGGAUCUAAAGACUCGUUACAAUGCUUUGAUGACUUUAAUUAACCAGUUUGUAAAAUUUUCUGGUGAAACCUUGAAGAGGCUGGAAGAAGAAGAGAAGUUACUGGAAGAGGAAAAGAAAGAGCAUGUAAAGAAGGCAGGGGAUAUACUGAACUGGGUGUCCAAAAUCAAUAAAACACUAAGUAAAGAAGGAGGAAGUCAAGACACUGCAGAAAAAAAUCAAUUUUCUGAGAAACAGAUUUCUUCUAAAGAAAUUCUAACAAAGCAAGAAGAAGUGACAGAUGCAAUACAAACAUUGCAAUUACUUUUAGCCAAACACAGUGACAGAAUGACAGAAGAAGAAAGAUCAGAGAUUGAAACACAAAUCAAAGCACUGCAGGAGUGCCAGAGUGUGCUAUCUAGAGAGUACGAAAGGCAGCAACGGGAAGCCAAGGACUUGGUAGAGAAACUGGUAGAGCAGAAGGAUGCUGAGGUGCAGCUGCAGGAACACAAGGGAAAGCUGCAGGAGAUUUGUGACCUGCUUACACAGACAGAAAACAAACUGAUUGGUCAACAAGACAAGUUGAUUUUGAGGGAUACUCCAGCUGAUCUUCAACACUGUCAGAGUGAAUAUGAGGAGCUACAGAAGGAUAUGCAGGCUGGUGCUAGUGAGUUGGCAGAAAUUGUGAAGAAUACAGAGAAAUUCCUUCAGGAGCACGGAGAUAAACUUUCCCCUGAAGAGAGAGCCGUAAUUGAACAGAAACUUAGGGAAGCUAAAGCUAAGUUUGAAAUUCUUCAGAAGAAAGCAGAAGAAUCCAAAAAGGAGUUGGAAAAAGCAGUCACGACAGCUAUUAAGAAAGAAACUGAAAAGUCUGCUGCUGUUGAACAACUGGAAGAAAGCAGAAACAAGAUAGAGAGCUUGCUAAAUUGGCUAUCGCAAACAGAUGAAAAAGGAGAGAAUGGGAACGUGGUACAGAAACCAGCGAUCCAGCAAAAUGGAACAUAUCAUAAAGACAGCAAACUACAGUCUUUACUGGAUGGUGUGGAAGAGGUUAAUGGUAACCUAAUAGAGUCUGAUGGGAAAGUUAAUAAUGUAAGGUUAGAGGAAGUAUCUAAUGAAGAUGACCUAAGCAGCCAGUAUCAAAAAGUGAAGGCCCAACAUGAAAAGCUUGUAUCUCAGCAUCAGGCCGUUAUAAUAGCAACACAAUCAGCACAAGCUCUCCUGGAGAAACAAGGUCGCCACCUCACUCCUGAAGAGAAGGAAAAGCUUCAGGGAGAUAUAGAAGCAUUAAAAGCCCAAUAUGAGUCAGCUUUAAGCGACUCUGAAAGAAAAAUGAAGGUAAUCCAGACAGUGCAAGAAGAAUUGGAGAAGUUUUCUAAAGAUUAUAAUGAAUUUGAGAAUUGGCUUCAGGACUCAAAGCAUGAACUGGAGUAUCUAGAGAUUGGGGCUGAGAACUUUUCUGGUGUUUUGGACAAAUUGCAAAAGCAAAAAAUCUAUUCAGAAGAUGUGAUCUCUCACAAAGGGGACUUACGUUACAUCACUAUAUCUGGACAGAGAGUACUAGAUGCUGCAAAGCCUUGCAACAAAGAUGAUGUUGUGGAAGAUAAUAAUAAUGUCAGCACCCUGGAAACAUGUAAAAUGGUUCAAAGCAAAAUAGACUUGGCUUCUGAAAACUUCAAGUCUUUACAUACUAAGUGCAAUGUCCUGGGGAAUAACCUGAAGGAUCUAGUGGACAAAUAUGAACAUUAUAAGGAAGCAUCACAUGGGUUACUGGCAGGUCUUCAGAGCUCAGAAUCCAAUGUGGAAAAACGCCUGUCUGAACCUAUUGCUGCUGACAGCAGGAACUUGCAGAGGCAGAUAGAAGAAACAAAGUUGCUCUGUGAGCAGGUAUCUGUCCACCAGGUUGGUGUGGAGAAGCUAAAGAAGGCUGCAGAAGGUCUCCUUGAUGCCAGAGGAGGGCUCCUGUUAAACAAAGAUGAAAUCCAAAAGCCACUUGAUGACAUUGUGGGAAAAUACAAUAAUUUAUCUCAGUCUUUGAAUGACUGGAAUGAGAAACUCCAGAUAACUCUUACUCGCUCACUUAGUGUUCAAGAUGGACUAGAUGAAAUGUUUGAUUGGAUGCAAGGGGUGGAAAAGGACCUGAAAGAACAACAACAUGUACCAUUAAAUUCCUCAUCUAUUCAGGAAAUUAUUACAAAAAACAAUAUGCUUGAACAAGACAUCACAAGUCGUCAGAGCAGCAUUAAUGCAAUGAAUGAGAAAGUGAAAAAAUUUAUGGAGACAGCAGAUUCCUCCACUGCAUCUUCACUGCAAGGAAAAAUGAAUGAACUGUGUGAACGUUUUUCUAAAGCUGGUGAACUUACUAAAGCACGCCUAAAGAAAAUGGAAGACUUAAAGACCCAGGUGGAACUGUUUGAGGACCUCACUGAGAAAGAGCAAUCAUUCUUGGACCAAACAUUAAAGGCACUGAUCGAGGCAGAUAGUCCUGGAAAGGAUGUGACAGAGCUGUCUCAGUACUUGCAGGAAACAAGCAAUGAGCUACAGGAGCACAAGAGAAGAGCCUGGAGGAUUUACACAGACUGGUAGAAGAAUUGUGUGUACAUGGGCUCCCAGGAGACAAGGUCCUGGUUUUGGAAAAAGUGAACUCCUUGUCAAAAAUGUUCAAGGAUCUUGAAGAGACUGUUAGAGCAAAGGAAGAGGAUGUAUCCUCCUGUCAAAGUCAGAUGGACUCUUUCCAGUCUUUGGUUCAGUCUUUGAAACACUGGUUUACAACAGUAAAUGAUAAAAUUCCUCCAGAAGCACUGACUCUGUGUUUGAAAGAUCUGACUGAACGUCUAAAAGAAACUAAGAAUUUGCAAGAGGACUGGACACAAAAGUCACCAGAAGUACAAAAAGUAAACAGCAAAGGAACAUCAUUGUGCAGCUUGAUUGCUGCAGUGACCUCACCUGCAAAGACCAGAUCAACCGCCAAAUCGGGUAGGGGCCUGGUGAAUGGAUCAGCUUCAUCUGCUGUUAAAGAAAAUUUAACAAGUAAAGAAUUGGCUAUAGUGCAGAAGGGAAUGACAGAUGUAAAUGAAGGCUAUGAACAUUUGGGAAAAUUAUUGAAAGACAAAAUGAGUGAACUGGAGGCUCGACUUUCUCAGCUACAGCAAAUCCAGGAUGAAACCAACUCGUUAGUACAGUGGCUUGAGAAAAUGCACACAACUGCUACAUCAUGGGAAGCCCCUACAGAUAGCGAAUCGGUGCGAGCCCAUGUUGAGCAGCAUAAGGUGUUUGCAGCAGAAGUGAAGCAGAACGAAAGCAAAGUUGAAGCAUUAAAAGGCAAGCUGAAACGCUUCAUAGAGAACAAUGUGGAUGCUCCAGAGAUUCAGCAAUGGGAGGACGUUUCAAAUAAAAUAGAAUCAUCCUGGACAGAGAUCACCCAGAUGACAGCUGAGAGGCAGCAAACCUUGGAAGAAUCAUCAAAUGACCUGGCCUUGUUCCAGACAGCUGAAGCCCAGUUAAAGCAAUGGCUUGUAGAGAAAGAACUCAUGGCAAGUGUUCUUGGACCCCUUUCAAUAGACCCGAAUAUGCUGAAAACUCAGAAACAGCAAGUUCAGAUUCUUCUAAAAGAGUUUGAUGCUCGAAAACAGCAGUAUGAACAACUUAACAGCACAGGGCAAAGAAUCCUAAGCCGACCAGGAGAUCUUCCUCCUUGUGAUGAGGCUGUAAAGGAGCAGUUGGCAGCUGUGGCAUGUAAAUGGGAGAGCCUGAGUGGACAAUUGAAUGACAGAUGUGACAGAAUUGACCAAGCUAUUGUGAAGAGCACUGAUUACCAAAGCCUUCUGAAUGGCCUUUCUGAGAAACUAAGUGCCUUGAAUAACAAACUGAGUAGCAAUAUGACAGUAAGCUCUCACCCUGAUGCUGUAAAACAGAAGAUAGACAAUGCAAAGCAGGUACAGGAAGAAAUAAACAUAGAGAUGGGUAACAUUGACAUUGCCAAAGCCCUUUGUGAAGACCUAUCACAUCUGGUGGCAGAAGAGUACUUGAAGGCAGAACUGAAAAGGCAAAUGGACACGAUUGUUAAGCCGUUCAUGGACUUAAAAGAAAAAGCAGGUUUUCAACUUGAGCAGCUACAAUCUGCAUUUGCUAGCUCUCAAAAAUUCCAACAGAUGUCUGAAGAUUUCCAGGUUUGGAUGGAGAGUAAGAAAAAAAUGCAAAAUGAGGCAGCACCCAUCUCUGCCAAGCUUGAGGUCUUGGAGUCAUUAAUCACAGAGACAAAACAAGCACUGAGUACAUUGAAUGCCCAACAUGGUGCCUAUGAAAAGAUUAUAACAGAGGGUGAGAACCUUUUACAAAAAACAGAAGGGGGAGAGAAGGCAAAACUUCAGUCUCAGCUGUCUAUGUUUAAAUCUAGCUGGGAAGACAUUAAUAAGAAAGUAUCAGAACGUGAAAACAAUUUGAUAGAUUGCCAACAAAAAGCCAUGAAAUACAAAGAUAUGGUAGAAAACAUAAAGCCUUGGAUCGAGGAGUAUCAAAAUAAAGUAUUUUCAGUUAAACUUUCUACAGACCCAGCAGUGGUAGAAAAUUCAAUUGGAAUAGUAAAAGCUCUACAAAAGAGUGUUGACAAGCAACGUGGAAUGGUGGAGAUGCUAAACAGUGCAGCAGAUAGUUUAUUAAACUCCUGUGAAUCAGAUAAAGACAUAAUUACAGAAGAGAGUGCCAUGUUGAAUGACAAGGUGGAAUCACUUAUUGAUAGUUUACAUAAUAAAAGAGACUCACUUGAGAACAUGGCACUGCGUCUCAAAGACUUCCAAGAAUCUGUUAAAGAUGCUGAAAAGCAACUGGCUGUGGCACAGGAGCAUAUAGAAGUACAAGAAUCUCUUGGGACCCAAGCAUGUAGUAACAAGCAUCUAACAAUAAUGCAAACACAACAAAAAGCCCUUCAAAGUCUGCAGCCACAAAUACAGUGCUCUGUAAAAUUGGCCCAAGAGAUUGUAGUAGAUGCAUCAGAUGCAGAAGGCGUGUCUGAUCUUCUCCUUCAAGCUGAAUCCCUUCAACAAAAACACAAAAAUAUCAGCCAGCAAAUUGAAGAAAAAUGUACCUUCUUAGAAACCAAGUUACAAGGAAUUGGACAUUUCCAAAAUAGUAUUCGAGAGAUGUUUUCUCAGUUUGCUGAGUUGGAUGAUGAGCUUGAUAGUAUGUCACCAGUUGCAAGGGAUAUGAAUACACUACAGGCUCAGAAAAAGGACAUUAGCAGAUUCAUGGAGAAGUUAGGAGAUCUUAUAACAACUAAUGACAAUGCUAACAAGACCUGCAAGAUGAUGAUGACCUCUGAAACAUCUCCAGAUCUUGUUGGUAUUAAAAGGGAUCUAGAAGCCUUGAGAAAACAAUGCAGCAAAUUACAGGAUCGAGCAAAAUUCAGAGAAGAAAACAUUGAUGGAACUGUUACCAGAAUGAAAGACUUUUACAAUACGUUAAAAGAAUUUGUUGAUGAGUUUGGGAAAGCAGAAGAGCAUGAAGAAUCGCAAGGUCCUGUUGGAAUGGAAACUGAUGUCAUCAAUCAACAGCUAUCCAUUUUUACGG